GAAACACAAGUGAGAGAUCUGUUGCCAUGUCCGUAUUUCGAUUCGAUUGAUAUUUCAGCCGGAGAGCGUCAACCGGAUGACCGUAUCAAGCUCAAUAACAUUACGUAUACGAAAGAUUUGUAUACUGUGGUGGACUUUAGGUUGAACUAUGAUAAAAACGGAACACCAUUCUAUGAGAAAGUGAGACCAUACUACCGUGGAUGCAUUUGCAACAUAACAAGCUGCUUGUUUCUUUGCUAUACGGGUGACGGUGCGGAAAAUUGCAAAACCACUGUUCCACAUGAAGACGUUCAACAAGAGCUGGAUCGAGAAUUUAAUUUCAAAUUUCAAUAUAUUAACGAGAAAUCGUGCACCGAUAAUCUUACCAUUCCAUUAAAUAAAGAUGAUUAUAAAGUAGAAAAUGGCGAAGUUAUUGAUCUCCAAGAAAAAGAAGCUUUAGAUCUAAAAUCUAUCUUUAUUACGUAUGACAAAGCAACAAAGGAAAAGUCCCUUAAUCUGUGCGAUGGAAUUGAUGUUGAUAUCAAUAGUAUAAAUUUACAAACCAGCAUCUUGCCGUAUUUUAUGUUCACAUCGGUCGCGUUCAUAAUCAUCACAUUCUUCGUGUACAUUUUCUUGCCGGAGCUGCGCAAUUUGCAUGGAAAAUGUUUGAUGUGCUAUUUAAUUAGCUUGGCCAUUGGUUUCAGUCUGAUGGGCUGGUUGCUCAUCAAAGAAAUUGGAUCAAUCAAUCAUGUACUUUGUCUUUUAGUUGGUUACUUCAUGUACUUUACAUUCCAAGUGGCCUUCUUCUGGUUGAAUGUGAUUUGCUUUGAUCUGUGGUGGAAUUUCAGGAGAACCGGUGGAUUCAUAAUAUCGGAGAGAAAACGUUUCAUGUUUUACAACAUUUAUGCGUGGGGUGGUUCUUUGCUCUUAACACUCUUAAUUCUUCUAUUGGACAAAACAUCGAUGCCGGAGGGAUUUAAACCAGGCGUCGGAAAUAGUUGCUUUUUAGAACUGGGCCUCCCAAUAUUCCUUUACUUUUACUUGCCAUUGUUCAUUCUGUGCACUUUGAAUAUUGGGUUUUUUACUAUGGCUGCCAUUAAAAUUCGUCAACAUCAAAUUGAGAUAAGAAAAGUCGUAUCAAAAGACGAAAGCCGAAAACAUCGAAAAAAACUGCAAAAAGAUAAAGACAACGUCACCCUAUUCUUGCGCCUUUUCAUUGUGAUGGGUGGUGGAUGGAUCAUGGAAGCAAUAUCGUUUGUAGUCGACUCCAAAAAUCCUUAUUUCUUUCUCUUCGACAUAUGGAACGCUUCGUCAGGAAUAUUGAUAUUUAUCUGCAUGGUGUUGAAAUGCCGUGUGCUUCGUUUGAUGAAGAAGAAUCUUCUAGAUACAACCGAAUCCUUCAACGAUCAAUCUCAGCGUCUGAAGACCCUGUCACGCACAGUUCCACAAUGACUGGUGAUCAAAGGGCAAACAUGCGAUUACAACGACUUACAUCAAAUAUUUCGGCAGCAAGAUCCAUCUAUUAAGCGAAAUUCAUUAUCCUCUUAGAGAGAGAGAAUGUUAGCGUGAUUCUAACAAUGUUGGUUCCCAACACCGUACAUUGAAUUCGAUUGAAAAUAAAGAGAUAUUUAAAAAAAAUUAAAACAAA